UUUCUAUAUAAUGAGCAUAAUGACAGGUGGUUCUCAAGGAUUACACUUUCAACUCCUUAUUAAUUGGUCUCUUGAGUUUACUUAAUCUUGACUUUGCACAGUAUAAAAGACUCACACACUCUUUAAAUCCUACAAUACUUUUUGACAAACCAUACAAAUUCCAGGAAUUUCUAUUCUAGGAAAUCAAUAAUUAUUUUGUGCAUGCACAAUAUUUAUUUACCAGCCUGAUGUUAUUUCUAUUUUUAUUUUAUUAAACAAUUCAAAACAAAGGAUGGCCAUGGAAGACAAGCAGUUGAGAAUCGCUAACCCACCAAAACGAAGACAUAUAUAGGAAAGACCCCACCAUUAUACAGUGAAGAUUAGAGCUUAGCAAGGCUGAAGACAUGAUUUUCAAUGAUACAGCUUUUUGUGAUGUGGACAUUUACUUUCAGUUCUGUGCUUUUGUCAGAAGUGUUUUAAUAUUUCCCGGCUUGGUGGUGAAUUCCCUUAUCUUGAUGUCUGUCAUCAUGUGCCUAAACAGCAAGAAGAAUCGUAUCAAGAGCAGCAUUGUGGCUUAUGUAGUGGGCAGCACCGCCUUUAAUAUCGCAAAUCUACUUUCCUGGCCUUUAAUGAUUGACUGGAGGAUUUAUCAGAAGUGGCGUUUUAGCUCACCAGUGUGUGAGCUAAUGGUCUAUGUGAAGCAAAUAGCUAGCACCGUAUCGUUCUAUUAUGUCUCUUGCAUCUCCUUUUCCAUCUAUAUUGCCAUUGUGUUUGGUCAUAAGAUUGUUGACCAUAAGUUGUUCACUAUUUUUCAACUGUUUUUUCCUUGUUUGGUUCUGAUGACAGAAGAGAUGAUAGAACAUAUCCUGGGAUGGAAGUUUUCUCAUUAUGAUAAUGUUUAUGAGACGUGUUUCACCAUCAUCAAUGACCAGACCAUGAAAAUCAGAAUGCUCUUCAAGAUCUUGCUAGGUCUCCCUUUGACUGCCUAUUUUUACCUCCAUAUAUUACUUACUAUUUUCAGGAGUGCCCAGGUCAUGAAAAGAAGUCAAGCUACAAACAGGAAACUGGCAAAAACUUUCUCAUUUAUCUGCCUGAUAACUUUCAUUGCACAUAUCCCAGGUGGAAUCCUACCUCUAAUUGCAGAUAAAAACAUUUGCCUGGAAACCGCCACUGAGUUUUUAUUUGACCUGCCCAUCUUCACAAAUCCAGUCAUUCUCUUCUGUAUGAACAAGGAGCUGAGAGUGCAGUGCAAGAAGCUGCUGGGAGGAAUAAAAAGGACCAGAUCUGGAUCACAGUUCAGUCACUCAAUUGUCACAACUGACUCCCAGCAAGCCUCCAGCAGCUCUAAUAAUUUGAAGCUGGUGAAUUCUGGUGACUAAUCUAACAUACUAAAGAUAUAAAAGUUUAAAUGAGAAGUUUCUUAAGUGAACAUAUUAAAUAUAUGAAAUACGUGUGGUGUGUUCCUGAAUAUCUGAUUUAUAUUAUGGUUGUCACAUUCAGUGUAAACCUGUCAACCUAUUGGCUUCUUUUCCAAUUAAUUUGGUAAACAUAAGUCCAA